GGGGGCGGGCGCGGGCGGCGGGGCUGGUGCGGAGGCGGCGCGGCGCGCCCAGAGCUCCUGGAGCUGCGCCGCCGGCGCGGCGCAAAGUUAGCCCGGCGCCCCGGGACGAGCCCUGCAGCCACCCGGCGCCCCUGGACCCCGCUUCGGCAUGGGCGAGCACCCCAGCCCGGGCCCCGCAGUGGCCGCCAGCGCCGAGGCGGAGCGUAUCGAGGAGCUGGAACCCGAGGCUGAGGAGCAGCCGCCCGUGGCGCCGGAGGACUUUGACCCUGGGAACACAGGCUACAUCAGCACAGGCAAGUUCCGGAGCCUGCUGGAGAGCCACAGCUCCAAGCUGGACCCACACAAAAGGGAGGUGCUCCUGGCUCUCGCUGACAGUCAUGCUGAUGGACAGAUCUGCUACCAGGAUUUUGUCAACCUGAUGAGCAACAAGCGGUCCAACAGCUUCCGCCAGGCCAUCCUGCAGGGGAACCGCAGGCUCUGCAGCAAGGCCCUGCUGGAGGAGAAAGGGCUGAACUUCUCGCAGCGACUGAUCCGCCAUGUGGCCUAUGAGACCCUGCCCCGGGAGAUUGACCGCAAGUGGUACUACGACAGUUACACCUGCUGCCCGCCACCCUGGUUCAUGAUCACAGUGACACUGCUGGAGAUUGCCUUUUUCCUCUACAAUGGAGUGUCGCUUGAUCAAUUUGUGCUGCAGGUAACCCACCCACGAUACCUGAAGAACUCACUGGUUUACCACCCACAGCUCCGAGCGCAAGCUUGGCGCUACCUGACCUACAUCUUCAUGCAUGCUGGGAUAGAACACCUGGGACUCAACGUGGUGCUGCAGCUCCUGGUGGGGGUGCCGUUGGAGAUGGUCCAUGGAGCGACCCGCAUUGGGCUUGUCUAUGUGGCUGGCGUUGUGGCAGGCUCCUUGGCCGUGUCUGUGGCCGACAUGACUGCACCGGCCGUGGGCUCCUCUGGAGGAGUGUAUGCGCUCGUCUCCGCGCACCUGGCCAACAUCGUGAUGAACUGGUCAGGCAUGAAAUGUCAGUUCAAGCUGCUGAGGAUGGCUGUGGCCUUGAUCUGCAUGAGCAUGGAGUUUGGGCGUGCCGUGUGGCUCCGCUUCCACCCGUCAGCCUACCCUCCGUGCCCCCACCCGAGCUUCGUGGUGCACCUGGGCGGCGUGGCUGUGGGCAUCACCCUGGGCGUGGUGGUCCUGAGGAACUACGAGCAGCGGCUGCAGGACCAGUCGCUGUGGUGGAUUUUUGUGGCCAUGUACACCGUCUUUGUGCUGUUUGCUGUCUUCUGGAACAUCUUUGCCUACACCCUGCUGGACUUAAAGCUGCCGCCACCCCCCUAAGGAGCUGGAGAGCCUGGUCAGGGAGGGGAGGGAGAGGCAGCAUCAGAUAGGAGCAGUGCGUGCUUUUCUUCAUCACCAGCUCAGUGAGGCCAGGGAGGAGAGGAUGGCACUGGGCAGCAGCGUUAUUGUGUUCAGGUCUGGACAGAGAGUGGUGGCUCUUUUCUGAAAGACACCUGCUGUAGGAGUUGAUGCUUUUCUAGACUGUUCUGAAGACAUCCAGCCAGGGCAGAGGUCCAGGGUGGGGUGAGCGUGGUCCUCCCAGCCCCAGGUGUUCAGGGAUCCCCUCCCUCAUCACAGGUUGAGCAGCAGCCUUCUCCCUCGCUCUUCACCCUGAGAGACCCUGAGAGUGUACGGAAUGCCUGAGGGUGGUAGCCGAGCAGGCCCUUAUCCAGCCCACAGAGUGUUACAGCCACAGAUGUUCCCUGUACCGCCGUUGGGUCUGGAGCUCUGGCAUGGAAGAAGGCCUGGUGGUGGGCAUGUUGGCUUUGGCCUGGGGGAGCCCAGGGUGCCCUUCUGUGCCUGCUGGUGGGCACUGGAGAGCGGCCUCUAGUGCCCGGGGUGGGCUGAGGAGGGAGAUGCUGUGACCUGGGCCCUACCCGUGUCCUGAGGUACCCAGCGAGAGACAUCCAAGCAAGGGGGAAUAAACCUCAUCCCAAGCUCUGCCCUGGGAAAGGCCCGGUCCCAACUUCGGACCUCUCUCUCUGUCCCCAAAUGCAGGCAUCCCGUGCCAGGGCCCCAGCACCCUGUGCCCUGCCUUGUUUGCAGAGGCUUUUCCUUCCCUUCCAUCACCCUGCCCCUACUUUGUGCCUCUCUCCUUUGGUUCUGGAGGCAGCGUUCUGACAGGGUGGUUCCAUGAGCAGAGAUGCUCCUGUGACAGGGAAGACAGUGUAAGGUGGGUGGAGACUGCAGAGGAAGCCCAAGGGGCAGUGGGGUGCGUGGGGGGGGGCCGGCCUGAGAGGAGGAAGGUGCUGAAAAGUAUAGGGUGUGGCUCCUGGGGAUCUUUACCCCUUCUCUCCAUCUGCCCCCCUUCCAGGCAUCUCCUGAGAAUGCUCCCCCACGGGAGACUUGUCUGCAGUGGAGGGAGACCUCUGGCCCUUCUAGGGACCCUCGGGGUGGUGAAGUUCUCCUUACCUUUGCCAAGUUCUGCUCUUAUUUCCAUGUGGAGUAGCCUUUAUAUCUCCAAAGAUUCUGUUCUGCUCCCUUAGGAGGGAAGGAGCUUUGGGGGUGCCAGAGAGGCUGGGGCAGGAAUAAGGAGGCCAUGUGUCCAUUUGAGUCAGGAGGACAGGAGGCUGCAGUAAAAGGAAUUCCAGUUGAGGUGGAAAAAAAUUGUUGGGUGCUUGGUUGGGGGUCAGAGAUGAGGGCAGCGCAUAGACUUAGAUGCUCGGAGCUGGAAGGGAACUUGGAGCUUAUCAAGUCCGUCCCCACCUCCAUGUCACAAGUGGGAAAAUGAGGCUGAAGAAAUGGCCUCUAGCAGAAGCUGGUGCAGGCCCUGAGGAUGGUGCAGGGAGGAUGGCCACUGACAAACUAUGUCAUGCCCUUUAUACUGCUCUCAGAACUCUCAGCCACCGACAGCCCCAAAGGAUGAAAAACCCGAGCCUGGGAGCCAGAGGCGCUGGGUCUAAGCAGGAGUGAGGGCAGGAGUGUGGAAACUGCUUCCUGCCAGCCAUGUGCCUGUCAGAAUCCUUAUGUGCACCAACAUCUGAAGUCGGCCAGGCCAGGCAUGUGGGAGUCAUGGGCCACAGUGGCUUCCUGUCCCCAGUGAUCACAUGUUAAUGGUCAGGGUCUUCCUACCCAGGAACACCCCCACUCAGACCCAGGCUAUGCCAAGUCCUUCCCCAUCUUUGCCCAAUGCUGCAUAAAUUGUCCUGGUCCCCACAUAUGGCUCCUAAGUUCAUGCUGCACUUGUGCCAACGCUGUGCUGAGGACCACCAGCCCAAGGUGGCACAGCCUAGACGUUUGGCUCAGCUGCAUCGCCCUGAGGCAUCUGGUCCCGACCCUGCCAGCCAGUCUCUGCCCUGCUGAGAGAAAGGUGCAGCUGAAGAGUCAGCUUCUCAGGAGGGGAGACUCGGAGCUGGAACUGGGGCCUAAGGAGGGAGGACGGGCCUCAGCCAUGGGCUGCAGCCGCCCUAACCCUGAGGGGUGCUGUCCCUUCCUAGAGGAGCAGAGGCUGGUGCCCUGUGAGGGGCAGGGCUUCCCCUCCAUAUUACUCCUGGCACAUGGGGGUCCUGGAUUGCAGGUGGAGGGAGCAGAGAGGCAGCCCUGCCUUUUCUGAGGAGGUCUGAGGAGGAAAGAUCUCUCAGGGGUAGGAAGACUGUGUGCUAGAAGACUCUAGAAAGUCUUCAGAGAAGAACCCCAUUCCCUCAGGGCUUCAAAAGGAAGCAUGUUACUGAGGACUACCUGAGGCAGAAACCCCGUCGUCCACCCUGCUAAGUCAGUCCUCCGAGGCCUGGGAAACGCUCAGGGAGCCAAACCGCAGCUGCUCCAGUCAGCAGAAUGUCCAAGAGCAACCCGAGAGGUCUUCGGCCUGCUCAGCACCCCGUCCACCACCCUCUCCCGACCACCUCCCAAACAGGGCCGUCCAGUUGUGACAACAGUCACUUCACACAAGUGAGGUUUCCAACCCAGGGCUGGAGACGGCUGUCUGGUAAGAAAGAGUUUUUGGUGUCUCGCUUUCUCCUCAGCAGACCCCUUUGUAUCCCUUCACCAAGCACCCUGCCAGCAGCACGUCCCCCCAAUCCCUCCUUCCUCAUCCCCUGUGUCCCCAGAACCUCCAGGCUGUGGAGGCCAGCCUUUCCUCCUCAGGGUACAGAAACUAAGAGCCGGAGAUUCCCCAAACAGCAGCCAUAGACUCGCUCACUUGUUAAACGGAAGAGAAAUCUCAGAAACUGGGCAAAGGAAAACAAACCUUCAAAGGAGAAAUUUCACUUUAAUGACACCAUUAAUCAUUCAUUUUUUAAUUAGGAAAAGCUCCCUAAUGAGGCGUUUUUGCCAGCUAAUAGGACUCUCAAUUUCCACGAGAACCAUUCUUGCCCCGAGGAUUAAGGGAGUCAUUGCUCACCCAGCCCAGACCUUCCCCCAGAGUCUAAUUUCAUUUGCAAAGAAUGCAGAUUCCUGAGUGCAGUGGACCCCCUUCCUGGCAUCCUCGGUGUCGCUCCUGGGACUGACUGGAAAGCACCGACACUCCUCUGCCUUAAAAAACAGUGCCCAACACUGAACUCCCCCUGCACAAGGACUUGAAUAAGUGGAAAACAAAACAAAACCCAAGCUGCACUGUUUGUUUCUAAGUAUUUUUGUAUUGUGUACAUUCUGUAUAUUUUUGUUGUAACAUAUUAUUUGAGCACAGAUUCCAUUAAAGAUUUUUUUUUAAGCCAUCGGUUAUUCAGAAAGUGACCUGACUGGCUGGCAUUGGAGCCUGUUCCCUCCGGAUCUGGGUCGGGGCGGUGGGAGCGGGUAGACGGCAGUGGUGCUGGGUCUACAGUUUAUACAGUACAGAUCAGGGCAUCGGGGCUGGGCGCCAGUGUGUCUGGCUUGGUGGUUCUUAACCUUUCUUGAAUUACUGAACUCUUGAGUGCUCGAUGAAAGCCAUGAUUUCUUUUCCCAUAAAAAUGCACAGGCAGACAAUUUUGUGUACAGUGUGGCAGGGCUGAGGGGCCUGUGAAGAAGGAAAUUCAUGGCUUUAUGUCAAGAACCUCUGUGGCAGGUCCUGAUGGGUGCCCGGAUCCCCUGCCCACUCUUACACUCUACCCCCAUGAGGGAUUAAUAAUUUGACUGUUAUUAUUGGGGCAAUCUUC